AUGUCUCCCUUUCUCUCGGAUAUGCGCGAUGGCGAGCUCCAGGAAUACGUACCAGACCUGCAAUGUUGGGAGUCGAAUGAACCCCGAAUCGAUUCCCAGGAUCCUUGUCGCAUAGGUGGCCCGGGGUUCCUCCCAUCAUGGCCAGUUGAAAUGGGAUGCCUGAGGAAGCUACCAGAUGCACUUUCAGAUCGAUUAACGGACAUCGCGCUGACAUGUCUUGAGGAAUAUGACCUUGACUACCACCGUGUAGAGAUAGUACAACGAUACUCAAGAGGCCAGACGCCAACACCCGCGGACAACACGGUAUACAUUUCCCUUUACACCCCGGUUAAUGACGACUGGGUAGAGGCGCUUGAUAGUAUACUUUCAGCUACUGAGCAACUUCAGUUUGCUGGUAGGGUUGAAAUGGUUUAUCAUGAAGCGCUGGAUGGAAUCAAGACGUAUCCGCCAGAUAUUCCAGAACAGUUGGCGCAAGACUGGCCUAACAUUGAAGGACAGAUCACCAGCCAAUUAGCAGUGUUGGGGGUUGAUUGGAAAGUAGUUAUGCUUGCCAAACGCGGCUAUUGGGAGGAUGAUGCAGUGAACACGGUAGUCAUCAAGGCCUCGGUGCCUUCAAGAACUUUUGCUAUCACUACAAGAAAUAGCAUUUUACUUGCUAUCCGCAAUGCACGUUACGGUUUGAAAGUGGAAGUUGUCCGAUCAGACUUUCUCUGGGGAUCAUUCUCCGAAGCACCUUCUCGGGGCCUUGAGAGCUCUAGCCCCGGCUGGCCCUUUGCAGACAGCCACAAUUCGAUGGGGAUGAGUGUAGGACGGGUCGACACUCCUUUCACAAGCACAAUCGGAGGCUACCUCAAAUUCACAGACUCGAAAGGCCGCAAGGAAUUCCUCGGCGUUACGUGCUACCAUGCCGUCCGACAAGAUCCUGCAGGCAGAGUGGACUCCGCUAUCCAGCGAGAUGGGUCGAAUGAUCUUGAAAUUCCGUGCCAAUCUCCCUCUGGGCCCGAUUUGAAAGCCGCGGCCAAAUACGCCAACCGCUAUAUACCAAUUUCGCUCAGAGGAGUUGAAGCGUUGGACGAGGUUUCACAGGAGACGGUGAAAUAUGAUAUCACGGUCAGAGAUAGACAGCUGGACGAAAUCAAGUCCUUUAACCCCCAUAUUGGGACUGUCCUCGCUACCUCGGGGUUUAAGAAUGCAUCGACACAUGCUGGGAUUAGCUCCCCCUUGUGUUUAUUGGAUUGGGCUAUACUCCAUGUUAGAAACGGCCGGAGAUGCCACAAUUACAUUGGAGAUAUCAAUCCUUCAAUUCCAGAAUGGCGUCGCGAGUCUCAAUCCGUCAGCGGGAUAGCCGAUAUUCCUGAUACGGAAUCUACCGUGAUCAAAAAGGGCCGCACGACAGGUGUUACCCUUGGAGUGGUCGGAGGCCCGCCAGUUUUAGUACGUCUCGGUGCUGCAUAUGGUAAUCUAUACCGCCGCGCAUGGCUGGUUUCGAGGGACUGGUCUAAAUGCUUUGCACGCCCUGGAGACUCAGGGUCAUGGGUGCUGAAUAUGUCUGGCCAGGUAAUUGGGAUAUUGGUUGCGGGUGACGAGUCUGACGGGAGCGGGUUAAUCGUACCAAUGUCCCUUGUGGUCAGAAAUAUCGAGGCAGUGGCUGGGUUUCCGGAGGGCUCCCUGGACGUUGACUUGCACAGUCGGUAA